CAGUUAGGGCUCAGAGCCUUAAGACCUCAGUCGCGACUUGCGCGCUCAUCCGACGACGACUUCGACUUCACUGCUGGAGAGUUCGAGACUGCUCAGUGCCUCACGCCUCACUGCUCAGUGACGAUUUCAUGGUUGAAGCUCUGAACUCAGAACUGAAGCUCACGAUUUCUCAUUGUCUGCGCUUGCUGCCGCCUGGGUAGCUUCCAGUUUUGCAGAAGAUGUCACUUUUCAGGCUCUCUAGAAGAGUCAAUCCUUUACUUUCUUUAAACAGGACUCAUCAUUAUCCGCUUUCCACAUCCAGGGAAUAUCUUGAAAUUGUAGUGUCAAAAGAUAUAAAUAUUGGGGCAAUCAACAAUAAAUAUGGACAAAUCUUUGAUUUUGGAUAUCGAGGUUUCACAUCAAGAUGUGAGCUUAACAAAUCUACACUUCACAACUGUAAAUGGCCCUCCCUUUUGAGAGGGCAGAGUACAGUUAGGUCUUGGCCAGUGUUGAAUCUUCGUCAUCAUUAUGUAACUCAGGCUACUGCAACAGAUAAUAAAUCAAGGAAGAUGCUCUUUUAUUUGGUGGGUUUAGUUUUUGCUAUGGUAGGGGCUAGCUAUGCUGCAGUUCCUCUGUACAGGAGAUUCUGCCAAGCCACGGGAUAUGGAGGUACAAUUCAACGUCGGGAGAGUGUUGAAGAAAAGAUUGCCCGACAUGAGAAAGAUGGAAGAGUUACUUCCAGGGAGAUUGCAGUACAAUUCAAUGCUGAUGUAGCAGACGGGAUGCCUUGGAAGUUUAUUCCAACACAGCGUGAGGUAAGAGUAAAACCAGGAGAGAGCGCUCUUGCCUUUUACACUGCUGAAAAUCGAAGCUCGACUCCUAUUACAGGUGUAUCAACAUACAAUGUAACCCCCAUGAAGGCUGCUGUGUAUUUCAAUAAAAUACAAUGUUUUUGCUUUGAGGAACAGCGAUUGCUUCCUGGGGAGCAGAUUGACAUGCCUGUUUUCUUUUACAUUGAUCCCGAGUUUGAAACCGACCCCAAAAUGGAUGGCAUCAACAAUUUGAUCCUAUCAUACACAUUCUUUAAGGUCCCGGACAAAUAAAGAAUUAGCUUUGUUUUCGUGGCUGACAAGGAAAAGAACAGUGAAAACAUUGUUUCACCUGUAGUUUGUGUUAUUACUGGACCAAAAAAUUCAUUUAUCAUCCUACUACAAUAAUUUAAAAGAGAACAGACAAAUAUGAAUGUCUACAACAAUUGUAGCCUUUUUCUUA